AACUGCGUGACUGCCCGCGCGGCGUAAGAGCUGAAUCUGGAAACUGGCAGGAGGGCACAUUGAGCUUCGUAACCUUCCCGCACUUUCAACUUUGGAAAUAACUUCAUUCCUCAGCUUGUUAUACCUCCGCACCAUUCCAUCGCCGAGCUUCGUUUCAAACGGAUCCGGCCUCUCCAUCGGAGCUUCAUCCGAUUUCUAUUCUCUCCCCCUUCCGCCGUGGGCAGCUCGCCGGCCUUCGUGUGAUGUGAAACGGAGCUGCCGUUCCCUUUCCCCGUCCGUUCUUGUUUGCGUGUCGCAAUCGCAUUCCCCGAGUCCCUCCCACCAAACACAACACAACAUCUCUACAUAUCGGAAUACGCUGGAAGCUCGACUUCCCAUCCGGCACCAUGACUGCGUGGAACGUAUUCCGUUUCAUGGGAGACAUCUCCCAUCUCCUCUCGAAAUGCAUCCUGAUGAUUGCGAUACAUCGCAACAGGAGUGCUGAAGGUGUCUCCCUCAUCACCCAGGGUCUGUACGCCUUAGUCUUCUGCACGCGCUACCUCGACAUCUUCUCCGAACAAUCAGCAUGGAACUUCAUCUUCAAGAUAUUCUACAUUUCCUCAUCCUUCUACAUCAUCGGUGCCAUGCAGUGGAUCUUCCCCCGCACCAGGGAGCGCGAGCUCUCGUGGAAGGUCGGCGCCGGCGUCUUCGGCCUCUCACUCGUCUUGUCUCCCUUUGCCAUGCUAAUCUUUGAGAGCUACUGGAGCUUCCGCGUCUGGCUUUGGGACUUUAGCCAAAUCCUUGAAUCCAUCUGCGUCCUGCCUCAGCUGCUCCUGCUUCGCCAGACCACCGUUCCGACCGUCAUCGACUCCUUCUACCUCGUCACCCUUGGCUCGUACCGUGGAUUAUACCUGAUCGGAUGGAUCACGCGCGAGCUCGAUAUCAACGACAAGGCGCCAAACACGGUCUCCGUCAUCUUCGGCAUUAUCCAGACGGCGCUGUAUGUCGACUUCGCCUGGGUAUACUACACUCGCCAGCGUGUCAAGCUCCGCAACGGUGGCAUUGUUGAUGCCGACGACCUGCGUAGAGGCUGGUUGCUCAACAGAAUCUUUGGAAAGCGCAUUGAUGCCCACUCUGACGACGAGGAGAGCGCCCCUGCUCUCGGCGACGACGAUGGCCAGGGCCGCCGCGGUGGUGGACGACCCAAGUGGGGUGCCCGCGGCAUCUCAGUCAGCGCAGAUGAGGGUGUUCUGGAUACCGACCGGGACAACCAGCGCCGGGAUGAAGAGCUCGAGGAGGGCGUCAUUGACCCCGAUGCCAAGAUGCAGGAUCCCGACGAGCUCGCCCGUGUUCUGGAUGACGAUGAUGAUGACGAUACGAACAAGGCGUCCGGAAGCAAUGGCACACCCGCCGGCAUCGACAACGGUUCUGAGUGGCGCAACUAGCCCUCGGGUCACAUACCUGUCCCGUUGCCCGAACCUGGCGGUCUGAAUAUCUGCAUUCCUCGACUAGCCGCGUCCCGUGAGGGCUCGGCUUCACACACUGACGCCUCGAAGAAGGCUGUCUAGCGCUGAGCGGACACGAGGCCACUGAAGCGGGAAACGUAGUGCUAGCAGAAGUAUUUGUAGUAGACAGCGUGUAAGGGCCACAAAGAGACGGUCUUCAAGGCGGAGUUUUGGACAUGGUUCUCUUUUGAGGGUAUAAAAUUGUUGUACGUUUUAUGAGAGAAUCGAUACACAGUGACUUU